UCAGAAUGUUAAACAUAGUGUGUGACAGUCUAGUUCCGCUGUUCCCACGGGUGGUCCGAGCGCUGCCGUUGCCGUCGCCGUCGCCGUCGCCGUCGCCUCCUUGCCAUCCUCUCCGCUUUGCUUCUCGCUCCCGUCGAAUCCUGUCCAUAAUAAGAUGAUGUACUUGAAAGAAGGUUGUGAUCUGUUGUUGAAAGCCAGAAAACCGGCAAUGCAGGUAGUCCUUAACAUGAAUUUGAUCCCCGAGAGCACGAAACAUGUGCAAGGAUUUCGAUUAAGGGAGUUUGAUGUUGUGAAGAGGCUACAACACGAGAGGGAUAUUAGCACGGCACUUGAGUAUUUCAAGUCGGUGGCAGAUUCAAGAGCUUUCAAGCACACGACACGAACGUUUCAGGUAAUGAUUGAGAAGCUGGGGAAGGAAGAUCAGAUGGAUGCUGUUCAGUAUCUUCUGCAGCAGAUGAAGUUGGAAGGAUUAGCGUGUUCCGAAGAGAUCUUUGUUAGUGUCAUAAAUUCGUAUGCUCGAAUAGGGUCUGCUGAACAAGCCUUGAAAACAUUUUACAGAAUCCGGGACCUUGGUUCGCAACCAACUGUGAAGAUUUACAACCAUCUUUUGGAUGCCUUGCUCAAGGAGAACAGGUUUAGCAUGAUCAAUCCUAUAUAUAACAACAUGAAGAAAGAUGGAUUGGAGCCGAAUGUGUUUACUUAUAAUAUGCUUAUUAAAGGGUUGUGCCAGAAUGAUCGGGUUGAUGCAGCCUGUAAACUACUGAGGGAGAUGACGAAUAAGGGGCAUUGUCCGGAUGGGGUGAGCUAUACAACAAUAGUAUCCAAGCUUUGCCAGGAUGGGAAGUUGGAUGAUGCGAGGGAGCUGACUAGGAGUAUAGCUCCGUCAGUGCCUGCUUAUAAUGCUUUGAUAAAUGGCAUGUGUGGAGAAUUUAGAAUGAGAGAAGUGUUCUGUUUAGUUGAUGAAAUGUCGAUUAAGGGAAUAUGCCCUAAUGUUAUUACUUAUACCACAAUAAUUAGUGCACUAUGCAAGACGGCGGACAUCAAGCUGUCUCUUGGCGUUUUAGCCCAGAUGUUUGCUAGGGGUUGUUGCCCGAACGUUUUGACUUUUACUUCUUUGAUGAAGGGAUUUCUUGAUGAAUGUAGAGUACCUGAGGCUCUUGAAGUUUGGAAUCAAAUGCUCCAAGAAGGAUGCAUGCCUAAUGUCAUCGCUUAUAAUGUUCUUAUUCACGGUCUCUGCUGCAAUGGAAAUCUGAAUAAAGCUAUGGUUGUCUUUGAGGAUAUGGAAAGAAAGAGCUAUAUCCCUAAUGUCAGGACCUACGGUGCUCUUAUUGAUGGUUUCUCCAAAGCGGGAGACUUGGAAAGCGCUACAAUGAUGUGGAAUAAAAUGUUAAGCAGUGGCUGCAAGCCUAAUGUUGUUGUAUACACAUGCAUGGUGGAUGCUCUUUGCAGGAAUUCUAUCUUUGAUCAAGCUCAGCGUCUUAUUAAGAUCAUGUUUGAAGACAACUGCCCUCCAAACACAAUAACCUUCAACAUUUUAAUUAAAGGUCUAUGUGACAGCAGCAGGAGUGCCGAGGCCUUGAAUAUAUUAUGUGAGAUGAAAGAACGAGGCUGUGUACCAAGUUCUCAGACAUAUAAUGAGCUGAUUGAUGGUUUCUGUAAAGAAGGAAAGAUGAUGGAAGUGUCCCAAUUAGUAAAUGAGAUGUUAGAAAAUGGAGUGGACUUUAGCCUAGUGACAUACAACACUAUAAUAUAUGCCCUUGCCGGGGACAAUAGGGUCAAGGAGGCUUUACUAAUAUUAGGAAAGAUGAUAAUUAGGGGAGUUUCCCCUGAUUUUGUUACAUUCAAUUCGAUCAUUCAUGCUUACUCUAAGGAAGGCAAACUUAGGUCAGCCGCUGAAAUUCUUGGCAGAAUGGCGACAAAAAAUUGUCAACGGGAUGUGUUUACAUACACUACUAUUAUAUCCGGGCUUUGUGGUCAACAGAGAUUAGAAGAUUCUGUUGUCUGCCUUGUAAGGAUGAUAAAUGAAGGUGUUCCUCCAAAUGCUGCCACAUGGAAUGUAAUGGUACGAGCUAUUUUUGAAAAUGUCGGUAUUGCUAUGGCUGUAAAUUCAUUGGACGAUCUUCUGGGUGAAAGGCUAAUAUAGGGAAGUUCGAAUGAUGUAUAGUUUUUAAAGAUUACUAAAGCUCUGAAUUUUCUAGCAGUUAAUCCAGUUGUACUGUGUGAUCGUCGGGAAUUGUUUGCAUGGUUUGAACUUGCAUUAGUUAAGAGCUCUGGGGAAUCAGAAGCAAUACAUACCAGAAUCAUUUUUUAAUUCAUAAUCCAUUUGCAGAAAGGCAGUUUGUUUUUACUGGUAUCACCUGAAAAUUCAGUGAAAAGCUGCGGAUCGGGGCAGUCCUUGCAUAAUAACUGACGGGAUGACUCGAGCAGGGCAUCAAGAGAGCAGAGUUCUGUGAAUGAACCAGCGUGUCCGGUUGAUUUUGCCCAAAUUCUCGUAUUGCCUUCAUGUGGAUUAACCACUGCCACAAGCUUUGAUUGGAAGCUGUCUCCAUAAACCCAAAUCUA